CUUUCCUCGCGGCCCGCCCGCCCGCCCUCUGGCUCCCGGUCUCCCCGGCCUCUCAGGCGCCGCCCUCCACGCCAGGGUCCCCCGCACCUCCACCGGGGACCUCUGGGCGACCCUUGGGCCACACUGUCACGAGGAAACUUGUGGGUUGACCCUGGCCGACGGCAGAGCAGCGAGGGAUGGACGCGGUGUCCUAGCAUCCUCCGUGGCAGAAACGCCCAGAACUUCAAGGAUUUUCUUGAAAUGGCACUCUCGGAUUUGUUUGAAAUAAAGGAUCUUGUGACAGGCUGUGCUUAAUUGGUCAUUGCUAUCUCAACAAGCAUGGAGAUAAGAUUAGAAGUUUUGACAUCAACAAGUAUCAAGCAGAAAAAACCCUGGCCCAGAGUUUCCUGGUUAGGUCAAGAGAAUGAAGCUGUUUUUCUUUUGGAUGAGAAAUGCAUAAAUGAGAUUAAUUUGCUGUCAGGAAGAACAAAGAAGAAAAUUCCUAGUCUGCAGCCUUUAUUGAAGGAUGUCUGUUUUCUGGCAACAUCCAGUAAUGAUGUGUGGCUGUCUGGGGUCCUCACUACAGGAGAGCUUUUCUUGUGGAACAAAGAUCAAGAUUGUUUGAAAAUGAUACAAGUGACUGAAAAGCCUAAAGAAGUUAUUAAAGCUACAGUGGCAAGCUCUUCAAGACUAUACUUGUAUGUAGCUGAAAAUGGGAAAAGAGUUCUGCUUAUUACAUCUUCUGGCUGCAUACUUCUGUGGGAAUAUGUGGAAUUGAAGAAUAUCCUAUCUUCUAAAAGCCUCCCGUUGGUGGGUCAGUGGUCCCAAAUCAUACCCGAAGAAGCAGUUUUAUUGCCUUCUACUAAAGACAAAGAAGCUGUAGUGGAUGCUGUUUUUGUCAAAAAUGAGUUAUUUGGCGACUGCUGCCUGUGUUCUUUUACUUUUUAUUCUGGAGAAUGCUUGAAGUUAACAUUUCUGGCCAUUCAGUGGUAUGAGAAUGUGUUUACAUCUGUAAGGUCAUUGCCGUUCCGUGUUCACUGGGCACAACAGGAAUGUUUCCUGUGUCGUCUGACUCCUAAGUGUGAGUCAGUGAAGUCAAGAGGAGCUCUGCUCUCUGCCUUCUCAAGAGAUGGCCUUGCCCUGGCAGUGACUCUUAAUCAGAAAGACCCAAAGGCAACUCAGGUAUUAUUUAUAAACACACUGAAUUUCGUUACUCUCUGUGGUGGCCUUAAAGGAUGUAGUAAUAAGAAUCCUGUGGUCCCAGCUACACUUACCAGGUCAUACUGGGUAGGAGACAUCAGCUGGACACAUGGUAGUCUUUUUCUGGCCUGUGUGUUAAAGCGUGGCUCCCUGGUUUUACUGACCUGUCUAGGUGAAUUACUGACAUUAGUUACACUCGGUUGCUCUAUAGAAUUUGGGCCAGCUGAAUUUAUUCCUCUUCAUCCACUAAUAACAUAUAGACCACAGCAGUUUACAUUUCAAGAUCAAAAUAAUUCUGUAGAUUCAUCAGCUUCUGACAGUGACCCUCUGAGACAGAGGUUUUCUAUAAAAGCACACUCACGGCUACCUUACCUUAUUAUUUCUGAUGGAUAUAUGGUUACAACCCUUCGGUUUCUUGAUAACCAGUCUCCAACAGCGCUCAUGAGGUCGUUGCUACUUGAUUCAACCCAGAGGCUUGAGAAAGCAUACCAAAGUAUGAUGCUAUCUAAGCCAAAGGACAAAGGGUUGAACUUGAGAUCACUGGAUUCCUUACGGUCUAGCCUGUUAAAGCGUCAAGGAAAGGAGGGGUCAGAACAUGGCACUGUCCCCAGAUUUCUGCAGGUAGAAGAAACAGUGAAGUUAAAUGAAACUACAGAUUUCCAGGAUUUUGAAGGAGACGAAGCUAAUGAACAAUUUCCAAACAACUCACUUCCUUUUUGUAACCAAAGAAAAGAUCUACUGUUUGGCACUGUCAGGGAAGGAAGAUUAGAAUUUGCAUCGAUGUUUGAUACAGUUCAUGCAGAGGAUGAUUCCAGGGAGACAGACAGAACCACCGCAGAACUGCACUGUCUCCAGAAAAGACUUCUUGCAGCUUGGACUAUAGGAAUUUCAAAAAAUGUAACAGAAAAAAACUUAAUGUUAAAUUACACAGUACUUUGCAUCACUCACUUUUUCUAUAUUCUUCAGUUUACAAAAUGUCCUUUGCCUAAGUAUGACCUGUGUUUAAAUAAGAGUCUGAAGCAUAAUGCGUGGGUACUUUGUAUCUUUCAACUUUUCCAUCAGUGUUUAUCAGUCCACUAUUGGGAUAUGAGAUACGGACAAGAUAUGGGCCAUUUGAUAAAGCUGACCUCAAAUACCGUGAAGCUUUUACUGACUCAGCAACAAAAAAGUGGAUUCUUCUCAGAGAUGCUGUUGGCCUGCCUUUCUCUACUCCGAAUGGUCGCUGACUGUUUAAAUGGCAUCUGCAGUCUUCAGCCCGAGACUGUUUGGGCAUCAGCUGAUGAAAGCAGAACAGCUGAGCUGGACUCAUUGAUGGUACCUAUUUUUCAAGCUGCUAAGGAAAGUUGGUCCUGGGACUCAUCUUUAAAUAUUUAUCCUCAAGUUACAAAUCUUGUUCAAAAGCCAAGUCACAGAUUGAUUGCUCUUUGGAGACUAUUAUACAGAAAAACUUUAUGGUACCAAGCACAAUUAAACCGAAGAAUUCCUGACAAUGACAGACAGUUACCUGAAAAUACAACACAUGAAAUAUCUUUUGUCAAGAAUCUGUUAUGUCAUCUACAGACUAACCUGCAGAUGGCUGGAGGUAGCUUGCAUCAAGCCUUAGAACUUAAACCUACCAAUGGUGAAGAGUGUUUUCUGUUAGGCUCAUAUGAAAAAUCAAUGGCUCAGUGGUUAAGAGCACUGGAAGUUUUAGAAGAAAACGGAGGAAGAAGGACGUGCUUUCUUCAGCUGCGGUACUAUCUCUCUCUCCUGUACUGCCACCUCUACCGCUACAAUUUGAACGAUGCCCAGGGAUUAUGUGAUCACCUAGUAAGAGAGCUCCUCAGCUGGUCCCAGUUACCCGUGAAAGGACGUAAAGAUUGCUCAGAUUCUGAGAAGCCUCAUUGUGAGUUUGCAGUGACUGGAAAUGUGCAUCCUGAGGCAGCGGUCAGAGUUGUCCAGUGCAUGGCCAGGUUCAUGGCUGCCUAUUUUACCAAUGAACCGCUCUGCAUUCUUCCACCUCACAGUGUGAAUGUUCUUCCGCCACUUCAUAUUAAAACAGAGCAUUCCUUACGACUUAUUCCUCUACAACACUCUAAGGUGGCCAGUUUUGUUAGAGAUCAGAAUCUCUCAAAUGUAUGGACAGUUGAAUAUGCUCUCGAAUUGCUAUUUAUUGGUGGCCUGAUUCCAGAGGCUGUGUGGUUGGCACAUAAACUUGGAGACUGGAAGACAUCUGUUUCCAUUGGUGUGGCCUUCCAAGUUUUCAGUAAGCAUAAUCGCAAUUUUGUGAGGUCCAAGAAAAAGGGUAUGGACCUACCCUUAAAUAUGAUACCAGCACAGAUUUUUCAGGAAAAACUGCAAUGUUUUUUAGGUCAGCCAGUCCCUUUGGAAGCAAAAAAUGAAAAGAGCUCAAAAUAUAAGCAAUUUACAGAUCCCAUCGAGGAAGAAGAUGCUAAUGUGCUGUUUGGGUCUGUGCAAGAAGUGCUGAAAGCGUCAGUCAUGGCGGACGCAGACAUUGUUUCCGAGACGCUGCAGCUGUUGGUGGAGUCUGCCAAGGACUUCAGUAGGAAGCUGUGGGGCUUAGUGCCCGUCGACUUGUAUCUUCCAGCACCUCCCUUGUAUUGCCCCCAGCCAGCUGUUCUUAGUGAAGAACAUGGUGACAAUCUUCUUUUAAAGGCUGAAAAAGAUAAUCGCCAAAAGCUGUCUGGAAUCCUGCAGCGAGUUCUCCUGCUUUUCCGGGCAGCUCGAUGCUCCUUUUCUGUAGCGCAGUGGUACAUCUUGCAGCUGAGGUGGGCAAGAAAAGUCAUGCAGAAGAUUCGAUUGAAGGGAUCUCUGCCUUCACUUAGCUCUUUCCCCGAAUCCUUACUUAACUACUGUAAAGGAGGGAUAGCAUUCUUCAGACCUGGAGCAGCUGGAGACCACAGGCUUGAUGAAGUUUCCAUCAAAGCACUAGGGUGCUUCAGAGAGCUUUGUGCUUUGUGCUGGAUGUUGCAUAUCCGGGAUAAAUUAUCAUACAGUUGCAGGCAGUAUCAGAAGGCAAGAGAAAAUGUGAAGGUAGAAAAGGACCUCGAAGUGGAAUUUGAUUCUUGUGUGGUUGAGCACUGUUUUCAUGCACUGGAAUGGGCCUGUAGAAUGCUGCCGUUCUCUCGGUUUUUUAAUGUGGAAGAACUUAUUCAGGAUUUAAUUUUGAGCCUUAUUGGAGAACUGCCACCAAUCAGGAAGGUAGCAGAAAUUUUUGUGAAAGCAUUUCCCAAUCCGGAGGCCAUAAGGGUUCCUUUAAGAGAAAAAUACCACUCUCUUCAGCAGAGACUCAGACAUGGUGUUGUAAAAGGUCCUCAGACUGAGGAACUGAUGUCUGUGGUCAUGCGUUCUGUCCAUAAAGUGAGGGUGAAAGCCCUGAAACGUGUGCAGAGGAACAUAGGUGCUGCUGAGAUGAACAUCUGGGAACCAGAGGAAGAGGAGAAGCCAGAUGCUGCUCCAGCUUCUGACAGGUUCUCCCUGGGGACUAGUUGGAGCAGAAGCACACUCACAGAACUGGGCAGCUCCCUGGUGCACAGUGAUGCAGAUACAUUCUCCGAAACCGUGUCCUUUGAAGAAAAAACUUGGAUACACUUUUAUCAAAGACAUGCCCCAAGUCAUAUGGAAUUGACAUUGGCUGGUAAGCCCAGUGAUAAAAAGAAAACAUGUAAUCAGAAAGAAGGCUCCCAAAAGAAAGAAGAUCAUGAAAUGUUAGGGAAAAAAGCACUUCCUACAGUUGGUGUUUGGGAAUUUGAGCGUGAUGAUGAUGAAUAUAUUAACUUCCUUGAGCUCUUCUUGAGUUAUGUUCUUGAAAGAGACCUUUGUUCCAGUGAUCCUGGCAUUCCAUUUUUGACAAGUUUUUCUGGGCACCUUAGAGAACACGAACUUAACUCUUUACUUUUUGAUGUGCACACAACAUUAAAACGACGCCAGAGCAAAACCAGAAGCGAGAAUGUGUUUAGAGCUGGGUCUUGCUUCGCUGUUGUUCCUGAGUCACACGAAUGUGAAAAACUGUUCUCUCUAAAUAGCGUGCACGCCCCAAAUUUAGACAACCAGGCACUUUCAGCUCCAGGACCAGGUAACCAGUCAGCAAGCACUUCAGAGAACCCUCCACCUGAAGUCCCGAAAAGUGAAAGAAAGGCGGGAUUGUUUGGCUUAAAACAGAAGCCACUUUAUAGAACUCAAGAUGACAAAGGAGAGAAGCCUGUAAGGCGGAGACCGUCAAGGCACUCCUUUUGGAUUCCCAAGUCCGUUGAAACUGGGGGAUACGGUUUCCGAGCAGUUGAGUGCAGUGCGGCCAGCCCCCAGGACGACCUUCCUCCGGCACUUGAGAACAUGUUCGGCCCUGUCGGGAGACUGGUGGAGUGGAUGGUGCGGUGGUCUGACCGAAGACUCCUCUGUGACUCUGGAGUCACUCAGUCAUCCUGCAAAUACAGUCCAGUAAUCCGUGUCAAAACCUCUGCAGCUGCCAUUCUUACCUCGUUCUGGCUUCUGGAGCAACCCUACCGUGCCGCACGUAGGGCAGAAAACAGCCUUACUAAGGUGCUGGAGGAUCAUUCCACUGACUGUCCAGUGGCGCCCGAGGAGAGCGACGCUAAUGACGACGACGACGACUGCCCAGCUGCAGUGGCAGCUCAGGCUGGAACCGAGGGGAGGAACAACCAGGAUGAACGCUGUCAGAGCGUCUGGAGCAGAAUGCCAGCUGAAGCAGAAAAUCCUGAAGUGAAAGAAAUUGAUGAUGAGAUUACUCCCGUCACUCCUAAGACUGAGGGAGAAUUUGUAGAUAUUGACGAGAAUCAUUCAGAAAUAGAAACAUUUACACAGGAUGAAAUGGAUAUGCACAUCUCUGACUGUGAAGAAGGACCCGUUGGGAGUCUCCGGGACCCCAGUGCUGCCGUCUGCAUGCCAGCGUCGCGGCUCUCACUGCAGCAUUCCACAGAAGAGGCUCAAUGUCCCAGGAAAGAACCAUUGGAGACAAAUGUGGAUACACAAUUGACAGAACAGAAAGGUAUGAUCGAAGCCUUGUCAAAUUCUGAACAUACCAUUCCUCAUUCACUUCAUAUAGAUGCAAAUUCAGAAACUUCUUGUGCACAGAUUUCUGAACUGAAAGAGCAGUCUUCCUCAGUUCCACCGCUCAUGUCAAGUGGAGACCCUGUUACUUCACAAACACCUGUUGCAACACCUCAGCAUACUCAGAGAAAGGAACACAGGGUUCAGCUACCGGAUUCUUCUGAUUCUGUUAGGCAGAUGCUCCAAGACGAGAUGUUCAAAUUAGUUCAGCUGCAACAGAUCAAUUUCCUGAGCCUAAUGCAAAUAGUAGGACCGUCUGUCGCUAAUCUCCCAGACAUGCAUCAACUUCUUCAGCAGGUUCAGCCUGUGCAUGUUGGGGAAAGCCAAGCAUCAAAGCCCACAAAGAGUGGUUGUACUGAAGCCAAGAGCAGACAGAGAUUAUGUGCUAAAGCAGAGUCCGGGAGAGAGUGCACCAGGGAUCCUAGCAUGAACAGCCCACCAGAUCAUGAAGGAAUCAGCCAGCCUGGUCAAGAGAGUCAUGGAAACACACAGGAUAUUCCACACGGGAGUAUUCCUUUGUGUCAAUUAGAUGGCCAGCCUAAGCUGAGAGGACAGAGUGGAGCACCUCAGAGCUUUGGACCCGCUUCCUUUUCUCACGCUCCUGCUGGAGACACUGGCCUCCAGCUUCUGUUCACACCUGCUGCUCUGCAGAAGGCCCCUCAGCUGAUUCCACCUGCCAGAACAGUCACUCCUGGGAGCGGGUUUCCUUUGCUUCAUUUUCAGCCCAAGCAUGAAUUCAAGCCCCUUUCCUUACCGCUAGGAAGAAUUCCAGAAGUUCCUUUCAGACCUCAGGCCCAACCAAAAAAGGCCUGGGAAUUAUCUGACUCUUGCCAGCCCCCUCUGUCUCAGGGACUAGUGCACACCACUUCCCCAUGCCAUUCAAAUCCAAGCCUCUAUAGCGCUGUACUCAGAGACACCCCUAAGCAUGGGAGCUUGGAGCAGUAUGUUGGACAACAAUACUUGACACCUCAGCAGGACUCUUCAGUAUUUAUAAAGCCAGAAAGUGUGUUUGAUGUUAAACCAGUGCCCCCUGGGACAGUUCCUCAGAAUUCUUUUGGACUUCCUUUAUUACACCUGCAAUUUCAGCCUCCUUGUAUAUUCUCAUCACCAUCAAGAGCAUCAAGUAGAUUGCCCUUAGUACCUACCACAUCUGACACAGAAGGAAAACAGUAUCCACAGCUAUCAUUACUUCAUUCAUGUUUGCCCCUGGAGAACACGUACAAGAAGCCCCAACUUAUCCCACUUGAAAACCUCAUGGCAUUUAAAAGAAGCCAACAAAAACUAGCACAUAAUGCAUUUGCACAAGGUGAUUCUGGUCAUGUUCAGCUUCUAAAGGUCAACAUGGAACCAUCUAACAUAACACCAGGGAAGAAGAGGCAAAGCAGACGAGCUGAAAGAGAGCUACAAGAAGAAAGAGCCCAGAAGCCAAGAAGAAAGCCAAGUGUUAGUUUCCGACCAGAGGAUUCCCUCAUUAGUAAUGGCUCAGAGGUCAUCAUGGAACCCAAGGAACAACUUGGACAUUGUGAUUCUCAGCCUUUGGAAAAAUUUGAAAUUCCUUUUGAAAUGUUAGAAGAUGAUGUUAAUACUUCAGCUGGACUGCAUUUCCUGGCCUCUGUACGAAAGAAAACCGUGGGAAGUCAGGAUGCAAGUACAAACACAGACCCAGGCCAUGAACCUUUGAAUGUUCCUCAGCUCUUGAUUCCAGAUAUGUAUCUAAAUAUCAAACUUCCCACUGGAAUAUCAGAGAAACCUUUGUCUCCUUCCCCACCUCAUUUGGCUAGACACACUUACAUAGAUGUGAUUGACAUUGAAGCUGAUGACCUGUUGGAGUUGCCUGCUAAUGAAGAACCUUCAGGUGAUAAUGUCAUCAAGGCACAGAGCCAUCCCCCAGAAGCCCCGUCGUCUGCAGAGUUGCACUGUAUGGCAGCUUCAAUUGUGAAUGCUGUUCCCCCUCAUACUUUUGAGGGUCAAGAAUCUGCAAGUUCUACUCUGGGUUUAAUUUCUGAGCCUGCAAAAAUGACUCAAUCCUGUCUGGAUGAGAAAAGCUGUAGAGCAAGUGUUAUGGAAGUGAAGGAGCCUGGGAUCUCCUCAGUGAUGCCAUCAGACAGGCAACAGGACAGAGAUCUCCUAGAACCAAACUUCCAGUUCAAGGAACAGAGCACAAAAUUGGACUCUGGGGAACAAUCUCUGCUUUGGACCCUGCUUCAGGAUGUGCCUGCUGCUUGUCCCUCACCAAGCCCUGCUGUUCACCCCACUCCCAGCCCUGCUGCUCGCCCCACUCCCAGCCCUGCUCCUCGCCCCGCUCCAAGGCCUGCUGCUGGAAAGUUAGAACGUCUUACUGCCAAGCUCCAGGAGAUGGAUGAGCAGCUGUUGACAGUGCAGACCAUUGCGGAGAACAUAGAGCAGGACUUCCCUGCACCAGAAGUGCUGAAUCGACACUGGGAAAAGGCUGGACUGGUAGAUCACGUUGAAUUGUCUUCUGGCCCUGAAGUUGAAAAACCGUUAGCUUUAAAAGCCACUAGCAUUUCUGAAGAAGUGUCUUUCCAGACUCAUGGGGACGUGGAAGAUCAAAAUGAUACAGAGAAAACUUCAGAGACAGAAUUUUCAGUAACAGAAAAUCACCCUAGCCAGAAAACCUACGUAUGCCCUUCUGCGGGGUCAGCCGUCUGCUCUUCCAUGGACUGGAGUAUCACUUCUCCUGGUGUGAAUAUCAGCAAUGAAUUUGAAAGUGUUUCAGAAGAUCAGCUCCAGGUGACUGGAUUGACUGAUAUUGCUGACAUCAUUGAUGAUCUUAUAACUAAGAGUGGAGUUUCCAGUAAAGAGCUUGGCUUGACAGAAAAACAAGCUAGAAGCAUAUCCAGGAUUCAGCAUCCUUCUGGCAGAUGCCCCCAAAGAACUGAAAAGGAGAGAAGAGAGAUUAAAAUCUGGAUGAAAAGAAAGCGAAAAGAGAGGAUGGCAGAGUACUUAAAUCAGCUGGCAGAGAAGAGGGGACAGGAACGUGAUCCUUUCUGCCCCAGAAACAGUCCAUUUUAUAUGACUUCAAGGCAGAUCAGGCAAAGACAAAAGAUGAAACAUGAAAAAGAUAGACUGCUGUUGUCCCAACACUACAGCCAGCGGAUCUCGCAGGCGUACUCUCUGAUGAACGAGCUGCUGUCUGACUCGGCACAGCCAGCAGCACCUGCAGAUAAACCCUUCCCUAAAAGAUCCCCCUCCGAUCAGCAUUGCACACAGCAACAAGGCUCUGCUCCGAGGAGAGAGAAUCCACAUGGGCAGACUUUCCUAAUAAAUCGGCCUGGACGAGGCAGGCGUAUUUCCAGACCAAGUCAUCUACAAAAGGAGAAACCCUUGGGGCAGCCCCAAGGCGCAUCUCGGCAGCAAGGUUCUAAUACUCCGUGUCAGAGUCUAAAGCAUACGAAAAGCCAUGGGGCUGUUGGGGCGGCUCCUCCAGUGAAGCAGGUGUGCACAGAGUAUGAGAGAGAAGAGAUGGUGGUGAGUCCCUGGACUCUGCCCUCAGAAAUCCACAGGAUUCUUCACGACAGGCCCAGAGCCCUUCUACAGGACAUGUCAUCACCUGAAGAGGAAGAACCUGAGCCCUCUUUCGUGGUGGCUGGCAUGGACAGCGUGUCUGAGAGCACUGGCAGCAUCCUCAGCAAACUUGACUGGAGAGCCAUUGAAGACAUGGUGGCCGGCGUGGAGGAGAAGAACCCAUCUGUCCGCUGGGCCUCAGACCUGUAGGGCCUGGAGAGCACUCUCUUUCCAGGCCCUGGCCAGCAUCUCACUGAGAACUUUGUGGAUCUAAGGCUAGAAAUAAUGGGACUUUAUAACCUGCAGCCCCAGGGUUCCCUGGGUUAACUAUUCCAGGAGGGAAAAUAAACAUGUCAGUAAUAUUGCCUUUAUGGGGAGAGGUGGUUUAACUAGAGAAAAGCAUUAUGUUUCAUGUGAUUUAGGUAUCAUUUCAACAAUAUACACAUGUCAAGCCAGGUUUUCACAAUAUUUAAAUUAAUUUGAAUAAAAAAAAAUCUUGUA